GUUUGGACUACUUUUUAUAUUUCGCUCUUUGUAAAAUGAAGAAUUUGUGAUCAGAAGAUUGCGAGAUCGAGGAAAAAUGAAGACUGAGGUGGAAACGGAUCCAGAGUGCCCUGACAGUAUCCUCUGUCCAAACAACAACAAUAAUAACACUACUACUAACAAUAAUAAUAACGUGACGAAUAACAAGAAGAUUGGUACAACCAUUGGCAGCAACGAUGCCCACGAUGGAAUGGAAAUGGAUUGCGGUGGUUGCGGGGAAAGCGUUCGUGAACGCACUGUCCUCUGUGUAGGGGGUCGUACCUGGCAUUCCAGGUGCCUCAAGUGUUGCGCCUGUGCAAGACCCUUGCACGAUCAGCACUCCUGUUUCCUUCGGGGGAUGCGACUUUACUGCAGGCACGACUACGCCUUAACCUUUGGCGCCAAGUGUGCGAAGUGUGGUCGCAGCGUGGGCGCCGGUGACUGGGUCAGAAGAGCCCGAGAGAGGGUUUAUCAUUUGGCCUGCUUCGCCUGUGACGCCUGUUCGAGACAAUUGUCGACGGGCGAGCAAUUCGCCCUUCUGGAUGCACGGUUGCUGUGCAAGGCUCAUUAUCUGGACGUGGUGGAGGGAAAUAAUACCUCGUCUUCGGAAGACUGUGACUCCGAGCACGGUGGCAAGGGCAGCAAGACGAAGAGGGUCAGGACAACCUUCACCGAGGAACAACUGUCCGUUUUACAAGCUAACUUUCAGUUGGAUAGUAACCCCGACGGACAGGACCUCGAGAGGAUAGCUCAUGUCACGGGCCUCAGCAAAAGGGUCACCCAAGUCUGGUUUCAGAACUCGAGGGCCAGGCAGAAGAAACAUAGCGGAAAGAUUAAGACGCAGAUGCACCAUUCGCCACCGAUGCAGCAUCAUCCAGGAGAGUUUUAUCCCUCUGGAGUGAACAUGGUGGGCGCCUAUUUGGGUGGAUAUCAGGGUGGUAGCGCAGGAAGCGAAAGUCCUGGGAGUCCAUUGACACCGCUCACCCCCUUAACGCCCUUAACCCCCACCACGCCGAAUCACCUUCAGACCCAGUUCUGUCAUCAAACGGGGUAA